AUGCCAUCACAGGUUUUCAGCGCGGCUAUCCAGACUACCGGUAUAGAAGCGCUGUUCUAUGUCACUACGCGGGCUAAUGCUGUUCAGCUUGAAUGUGAAAUUUCACGGAACGUAUUAGGUUCGAAUUUGGAGAGUUUGACUAUUUCUAUCAUUCAGGAACCAUACCCUCUUUUCCAAAAACAUAAGCGCCAUAACGUAAAGACAGCUCGUUAUCGUCAAUACCAUCACCGGGUCUCAGUGUCAAGGCAUCGACCUCGUUCCGUGCCCCCGACAACCUGCGCGUUUAAUAAAGCCGCGGAGAGAUUAAGUAGCGCAGAAUUAUUUUGUGCACGAGAACCACAUAUCGCCAUGUGA